UGGUCGCGAGGACUCCACUUGCGGAAACAGACGAACAACGGUUCAAACGUACGUUGGAUGUGGCGCUGCUAGCACCAGGGACGCAAGACUAAACACCAGCUUUUUUUUUUUUUUUUUUGGUUUAAAAAAAAUAAUAAUAAUAACGGGACAUAGUAUUGUUGAAUAAUUAAUUUUCGGCAGCAUUCAUGAAAUAGCUGGUAAUUACAUAGCAGGAUAAAUAAUGAUUUCGCCGUGGGACCGGUGGUACUCGACGAGCUGCUGCCUGUGCUGCCAUGUACGGACGGGCACCAUUAUUCUGGGAAUAUGGUAUAUGCUCAUCAAUGCCGUGGUCCUACUCAUCUUGUUGUCGGCUCUCAAUGACCCAAUUCAAUACCGCUACCACCUUACCAGCUCUGAGCUGGGAACCGACAUUGAUGUCAUGGACGAUGCAAAUAUCUGCAUAGCCACUGCAAUAUCCCUACUCAUGAUUCUUAUAUGUGGCAUGGCAACAUAUGGUGCUUACAAGCAACACGCAGCUUGGAUCAUUCCGUUCUUCUGCUACCAAAUCUUCGACUUUGCCCUUAACACACUGGUAGCCAUUAGUGUGGUGGUUUAUCCCAACACGGUGCAGGACUACCUUCAGCAGCUGCCAGGGACAUUCCCUUACAAAGAGGACAUCAUGUCCACCAACAACAUGUGCCUAGUUUUUGCAGUCCUCCUUUUCAUUGGAUGCAUCCUCUCCUUCAAGGCCUACCUGAUUGGCUGCGUGUGGAACUGCUACAGAUAUGUGAGCGGCAGGGGCACCACGGAGGUUCUGGUUUAUGUCACCACCAACGACACCACGUUCAGUGAGUUGAUACCUCUGAAUGUUAAAGGUUCUGCUCCCACCGUACGAGGAGGCUAUUGCCAUACCACCGAAGGAGCCCCCUCCCCAGUAUAUGGAGGCAUGAGAGACACCCCAUUUGCUGGAUCCUAUACCCCAAAUAUAUUCCUAUACCCAAUACCUACUACUACAUCUCCCUCCAACAGUAGGACCCCGAUACUGGCUGGAACGUGUUGAAAAGCAAGACCAAACAAUGUCUUAGAGGCCGGUUUCAGCUUGGAUUCCUGCCAACCUUAGAUUAGAUUAGGCCAACCCUUCGCCAGUAUUGCCAUUAACUCUCCCCCCUUACCCCACCCCCAAACACCACCCUUGGUUGUUGUGACGUACUUUCCUCCCCCCUUGUCUCCUAUGUCCUGCUCCAAGGGCAAUAUCGGAGCAACUUCAUCCGCCACCACCAACCCUCCCCUCUUGGCAGUUGCUGUCCCCCUGGCAGCAUCUAAACUCUUGCACGCCCCCGAACACUCUGUCCCAACUCAAUUUGCACUUUUCUCUGAGUGAAACGUGCACCGGUCAGGCCACCAACUGUUAACCCCCCAAUACUGUGAAUCUCCCUCGUGGUCUUUGUCUAGAAACCAACUACCUGAAGAGAGAUAGCGACAGAGAGAGUGAGAAGGAAAGCGACAUACACGAUCAGUUAUGCAAGAGCACUUUUUUCAGAAAUCGACAAAUUUCCUUCAUUGAAUGUAAUGUCGAGGUAUUUUUGUAUGACUUUUUUGUAUAACAGUGAAAACUGAGAGAAAAUGAAGUGAGUAGUGAAAGGCUGUUCUGUUGUGAUGAAACAUCAUCUGCAUACUGGUGUAGUUUGUCCUGCAGGAAAUCGCAUCGAGAAAAAAAAGGGUCCCUUGACCAAUAACAACUGCGUCUUCCUUUUGUAUCCACGUUACAAACUGUGUGUAAACUUGUAACCCAUUGACUGCCAGUGAGAACCUUGUUCACCCAUUGUACCACCAUAUUCCAGUUUGCCUUCUGGUCCAUUUCCUGUCUUUUCCGAGAACUCAAAACGUUAAGAAAGACUGGCAUUAAUGUAUCAGUCCAGUGAAGCACUUAUCACAAACAUACACGUUUUACACACUACAGAUCCACAUCCAAAAAGGCAAUACACAUACUGUAAAAUGUGUGAACAGAGUGUGAAAAUAUUUCAGUGAAGUCCUUUUUUCCCGUUGAGUUGCAGCUGCAACAGCAUCGUCUGUGUCUUUUAUUGUUUUUGUUUGUUUUUUUACAUGGAUCAUGGUGUAUAAUCUGAUCUUUUUAGUUGAGCUAACUUAGCUGGACUGAGGGCAUUUUCCUACAAAGACGGCGUGACAUGCUGCUGUACAUGCAGAGACUGUGUUUGUGUGUGCGUGCGUGCGUGAGUGUGUGAGCGCGUGUGCUUGCCUGAGUACUAUGAUGUAACUCCUAGGUCCUUUAUAUGUAGUAACUUUCUUUUUUGCACAUGCAGUGAUAUCAUGUUGAGAUAUUUCCUGUGCUGGUGACCUUUUUAAAAUGAACGAUGGAUGGGAAUCUAAAGCCGUGAAUUAGCUUAGUAUAGUAGCACAAAAUCAAUAUACACAAUAUGAAGGUAGAUGCUUGUAUUUUGCCUGUAACUAUUUAGGCAACAAGUUGAGACAUAAUAAUGGAACAAACCAUAUUAGAUAUACCUAAUCCCAUUUCUUUUCUCCAAUAAUUCCUAAGUAGUGUUUGCUAUCAGCUGAAAAAACUUUAAAUAAAAGAAACGUUUUGUCAUCCGGACUAUGCAACAGUGCAUCCAACAACUCGUUAGACCUGGAAAUACACGUAGUAUUCCAUUUCAUACUAAUAUUGUAGUUGAUAAUGUAGUCAUGUUGGCCCUUUCAUCGUUGUCCCUGUGUGAAUUACGACCACUGCUUCUGCAAAUCCAACAAAGCUGAAAAUGAAAUUGCACUUUAAAGUCAGCGUAAGCUCACUGAAAACCGAUGUGUUUGUGUUGUGUUCAUGUUUACCACGGUAUGCUGUAGCUAAGUGGUUCUAAUAUGAGCAGCCACCCUCUUCUGGAUGGCACAGGCUUCUAAAACAUCACAUUUACAAAUCAAUAUUUCCAUUUGCGAUGUGACUGAAGGAGUAUAGAUUAUAUACUAUCUGGACUUGAUUUUUGGCUCAUUUUAUUAGAAUCACUUCAAGACUGUUCUCCAUUGCUUUCCAUUCACACACAUCCUCUUGUUGGAUCUGCAUGAGCUCAUGUCUUUAAUUCUGAAUAAUAAAAAGCUAAAUUAA